AUGGUAUUGCUGGUAAGGAGCUGGCUGGUAUUACCUUCCAUUGUACAGAACGCAGAGCAGCUGGUGACCAAUGCAGAGGAGUGUGCUGAAGCCUGCAGAGAGGAUGAUGCUCAACGUCUCUCAGAGCUGAGGAUUGUGUUAAUGGGGUAUAAACUUGCUGGUAAGAGUUCAACAGGAAACAGCAUCCUGGGCAGAGAGGAGUUUGACUUGAAGAGAUCUGCUCAUUGUGAGAAGAGAUAUGGAGAAGUAGCAGACAGACACAUCACUGUCAUUGAAGCUCCAGGAUUGUGGAUGGAUGUUCCUGUAGAGUUCAGCUCUGAGUUACUGAAGCAGGAGAUUUUGCUCAGUGUGUCUCUGUGUGUCCCAGGACCACAUGCUGUACUACUGAUCAUACGUGUGGAUAUUGGAUUUAAAGAGAAUGAGAGAAAAGUAUUGCAGGGGCAUCUAGAUCUUCUCGGUGAGAGAGUCUGGAGUCACACUAUAGUGCUGUUCACUCAUGGAGACUCACUGUUAGACACAUCUAUAGAGCAGCACAUUGAGAGUGAAGGGCAGGAUCUCCAGUGGCUGCUGGACAAAUGUGGGAACAGAUAUCAUGUUCUCAACAAUCAAAAAAGGAGUGAUGACACACAGAUCAAGGAGCUGCUGGACAAGAUUGAGGAGACAGUGACACAAAACAACGGCUGCUAUUUUGAAAUAGACAGAAAGAUUUUGCAGGAGAUUAAAGAGAGAAGAAGAGCAGAGGAAAAGAGAGCAGAAGAACGAACGAAGAGGAUGAAAAAACAGAGAAACGACAUCAGAUCACAGAUGAGUGAAGCCCAACAUCUCUCAGAGCUAAGGAUUGUGUUAAUGGGGUAUAGAGCUGCUGGUAAGAGUUCAGCAGGAAACAGCAUCCUGGGCAGAGAGGAGUUUGACUUGAAGAGAUCUGCUCAGUGUGUGAAGAGACAUGGAGAAGUAGCAGACAGACACAUCACUGUCAUUGAAGCUCCAGGAUGGUGGAGGAAUUACACUGUAGAGGAGAGUCCUGAGUUACUGAAACAGGAGAUUUUGUUCAGUGUGUCUCUGUGUCCUCCAGGACCACACACUGUACUACUGAUCAUACGUGUGGACACUAGAUUUAAAGAGAUUCACCGAAAAUCAGUGCAAGAACAUCUGGAUCUUCUUGGUGAGAGAGUCUGGAGUCACACUAUAGUGCUGUUCACCUGUGGAGACUCUCUGUUAGACACAUCUAUAGAGCAGCACAUUGAGCGUGAAGGGCAGGAUCUCCAGUGGCUGCUGGACAAAUGUGGGAACAGAUAUCAUGUUCUCAACAAUCAGAACAGGAGUGACCACACUCAGAUCAAGGAGCUGCUGGAGAAGAUUGAGGAGACAGUGGUACAAAACAACGGAUGCCAUUUUGAAAUAAACAGAAAGCUCUUACAGGAGAUUAAAGAGAGAAGAAGAGCAGAGGAAGAGAGAGCAGAUGAACAAAUGAAGAGAAUAAAAAAACGAAGAGACAACAUCAGAUCACAGAUGAGUGAAGCCCAACGUCUCUCAGAGCUGAGGAUUGUGUUAAUGGGGUAUAAACUUGCAGGUAAGAGUUCAACAGGAAACAGCAUCCUGGGCAGAGAGGAGUUUAACUUAAAGAGAUCUGCUCAGUGUGUGAAGAGACAUGGAGAAGUAGCAGACAGACACAUCACUGUCAUUGAAGCUCCAGGAUGGUGGAGUAAUUACACUGUAGAGAAGAGUCCUGAGUUACUGAAACAGGAGAUUGUGCUCAGUGUGUCUCUGUGUCCUCCAGGACCACACACUGUACUACUGAUCAUACGUGUGGAUAUUGGAUUUAAAGAGACUGAGAGAAAAGCAUUGCAGGGUCAUCUGGAUCUUCUCGGUGAGAGAGUCUGGAGUCACACUGUAGUGCUCUUCACUCAUGGAGACUCUCUGUUAGAAACAUCUAUAGAGCAGCACAUUGAGAGUGAAGGGCAGGAUCUCCAGUGGCUGCUGGACAAAUGUGGGAACAGGUAUCAUGUUCUCAACAAUCAAAACAGGAGUGACCACACUCAGAUCAAGGAGCUGCUGGAGAAGAUUGAGGAGACAGUGACACAAAACAAAUGCCUUAUUAGGAGGAAGAGCAGCCCUAUUAAAAUACAGGGAACUGACAAUAAAAUAAAAUCAGAAGAGCGAAUGCAGCCAUGGAUAGAUGACGUCAGAUCACAAACGAUCAGUGAUGCUGAAGGAUGUGAUUCGUGCUCUCUGGCAAGUUCUGGUUACGGUUCAUCUGAAGCAGACGUCAGGUCAAUUUUUGGGUCUUCACAUUCCAAAGAUGCAUCUCUCAUAAGCAGAUUCAAGUCAGGGGUCCUGAAAAUAUUUAACAGCAAGGAAUUCACACCACCACUGAUGAGUGGAGAUGAGAAGUCGAACACAUCGUCUCUGGGAAGUCCAGAAGCACACAACAGGUCUUCACAUUCUAGAGAUUCAUCUCACACAAGAAGAUAUGAACCCAGUGUCCUAAAAAUACAUAGCAUGGAAUUCACACCACUACUGA